AUGUUGAAAGAUAUUGAACAUGAGAGAGAAGUAUUGAAAAAAGAAUUAGAAAAAUUAGAGGCAGAAACAAGUCAACUUGAUGAGCUCGAAGAAAAUUAUUGGAAAGAAUUUAAUAAUUUUCAUAUUCAAUUACAAUCUUUUCAAAAUGAUAGGGAUAGUAUAAAUUUAAAAUAUGACCAUGAUACAAAAUUAUUAGAAAAAUUACAUAGAACCAAUGUCUAUAACGACACUUUUUGUAUUGGGCAUGAUGGAUAUUUUGGAACUAUAAAUGGAUUUCGACUUGGACGUUUACCCAAAAUUCCGGUGGAAUGGAAUGAAAUCAAUGCUGCAUGGGGACAAACUGCAUUAUUGCUAUCAAUAAUUGCAAAACGGCUUAAAUUUACAUUUCAAAAGUAUGGUACAGGUGAUAUUGCAAUAGGAAGAUUAUUUCAGAAUCGUCGUUUUGAUAGUGCAAUGGUAGGAUUUUUGAAUUGUCUACAGCAAUUAGGAGAAUAUGUGGAAAGUGAAGAUCCAAAAUUAAAUUUACCAUACCGAAUUAACAAAGAUAAAAUCAACGAUGCAUCGAUACGACUACAAUUCAGUGUGGAAGAAUGGACAAGAGCAUUAAAAUAUACUUUAGCAUAUCUUAAAUGGAUUUUAGCAUAUGCAUCAUCAAUUAAAAAUGGAUCUGGCAAAAAAAUUAAUUCAACAGAUUGA